CCAGUAACACUACCCCUCAUUGUUAAAUAAAUUUUCGUCGAGUCAACAUGAAAAUUCUUCCCUAUAGUUUCAUGAUACUCGAGUACUUCGGCGGGUGGAAACCACUCGAGUGGAGCACCAGUAGAAAAGGAACGUUAUAUAAUAUAUAUACUUUAACAAUCGCCUUAACAUUGGUUACUUUUUGCAUAUCUUGUAUAAUAGAUUUAUUUCACACUACAAAUUUCGAGGAUACUGUUCAAAAUAUGUCGAUGUCAUUAACAUUUAUAAUCGGCUGUUCGAAACUGAUUCUUCUUAAUGUGAAGCGUAAUGAAAUAUUAGAUGUCUUACAAUUAUUCGACACAAAUAUUUGCAGAGUGACAUGCGCUGAAGAAGCUAACAUUCAAUUAAAGUACGAUAAAAAAGCAAAGGAUCUCGUCAAAAAGUAUGGAGGUUCAGUGUGUAUUGCAGUAGUUAUUAUAAACAGUGCUUCGGUACUCAAUAAUAUUCCGACAAAAACACUUCCGAUCAGUGGCUGGUUCCCUUAUCGCCAUACCAACAGUAGUGGAUUUUGGGUCGCAUAUUUUCACCAAAUGAUCGCGCUUUCUGUAACCUCCAUGAUUGCAUUCUCAUUUGACACAGUUGUGUACGGUGUUUUUUUACGAAAUUGUAGUCAGUUGCAAAUUUUAAAAAAUCGUCUAGAGAAUUUUGUGGAAAUACUUAAUGAAGGGAAACUAAAUAACACAACUAAUGGAUCGAUUUGCACAAUAAGAGAGAGUGAACGUCAUCUUAUUAAGCAAUGCAUUCAUCAUCACUGGAUUAUUUUACAGUUCUCCCAACAGUCCAAUGAUUUAUUUGCCCCGAUAAUAUUUAUCCAAUACUCUUUUAGUUCUCUGAUACUUUGUCUGAUCCUUCAAUCAUCAACGAAGCUUGUUUUUAUGAGUCCUGAGUUUAUAUUUAUGGUCAUAUAUCUUGGAUGUAUGUUGUUGCAAAUAUUUUUAUUUUGUUGGUAUGGCAAUGAAGUAACACGAGAGAGUUCAGGAAUACAUUUAGCAAUUUACAACAUGGAUUGGCAAGUUCUGACUACUAGAAGUCAAAAAGAUUUGUUGAUAAUGAAGACCCGGGCUAUUUUACCAAUUAGAUUUACCAGCGGUCAGUUAAUAGAACUUUCAUUAGAUUCCUUCACUAAACUCAUUAAAUUUUCUUACUCAGCGUACAAUCUUCUUCAUCAAAAAUAUUUUUUCCCUAAGAAAGUCAACAUGAAAAUUCUUCCCUACAGUUUCAUGAUACUCGAGUACUUCGGCGGGUGGAAACCAAUCACGUGGAGCACAAGUAUAAAGGGAAAGUUUUAUGAUAUAUAUGCAUUGACUAUCAACUUAACAAUGGUUACUUUUUGCAUGUCUUGUUUAAUAGAUUUAUUUGACACUACAAAUUUCGAGGACAUUGUUCAAAAUAUGUCAAUGUCAUUAACAAUUAUCAUCGGCUGUUUGAAACUGUUUCUUCUUAGUGUGAAGCGUAAUGAAAUAAUAAAUGUCUUACAAUUAUUCGACACAAAUAUUUGCAGAGUGAGAUGCGCUGAAGAAGCUAACAUUCAAUUAAAGUACGAUAAAAAAGAAAAGGAUCUCGUCAAAAAGUACGGAGGUUCAGUGUGUAUGGCAGUAUUCCUAAUACAAAGUGCUUCGGUACUCAAUAAUAUUCCGACAAGAACACUUCCGAUCAAUAGCUGGUACCCUUAUCGCCAAACCAACAGUAAAGGAUUUUGGGUCGCAUAUUUUCACCAAACGAUCGCGAUUACUGUAACCGCCAUAAUUGCAUUCGCAUUUGACACCGUUGUGUACGGUGUUUUCUUACGAAGUUGUAGUCAGUUGCAAAUUUUGAAAAGUCGUCUAGAGAAUUUUGUGGAAAUACUUAAUGGAGGAAAACUAAAUAAUAAAACUAGUCAAUUGGUUUUCACAAUAAGAGACAGCGAACGUCAUCUUAUUAAGCAAUGCAUUCAUCAUCACUGGAUUAUUUUACAGUUUUCCCAACAGUCCAAUGAUUUAUUUGCCCCGAUAAUAUUUAUCCAAUACUCUUUUAAUUCUUUGGUAAUUUGUCUGACCGUUCAAUCAUCAACGAAGCUUGUUUUUAUGAGUCCUGAGUUUAUAUUUAUGGUCAUAUAUCUUGGAUGCAUAUUGUUGCAAAUAUUUUUAUUUUGUUGGUAUGGCAAUGAAGUAACACUAGAGAGUUCAGAUAUACAUUUAGCAAUUUGCAAUAUGGACUGGCAAGUUUUGACAUCUAGAAGUCAAAAAGAUUUGUUAAUAAUGAAAACUCGGGCUAUUUUACCAAUUAGAUUGACCAGUGGUUACUUAGUUGAACUUUCUUUAGAUUCAUUCACUAACCUCGUUAAAUUUUCUUACUCUGCGUACAAUCUUCUUCAUCAAAGAAUAAAUUUUCGUCGAGUCAACAUGAAAACUCUUCCCUACAGUUUCAUGAUACUCGAGUACUUCGGUGGAUGGAAACCACUCAAGUGGAGCACAAGUAUAAAGGGAAAGUUAUAUGAUAUAUAUACACUUAUAAUUACCUUAGCAUUGGUCACUUUUAGCAUGUCUUGUAUAAUAUAUUUAUUUUACACAACAAAUUUCGAAGAUAUUGUUCAAAAUAUGUCAAUGUCAUUAACAUUUAUAAUCGGCUGUUCGAAACUUAUUUUCUUAAAUGUGAAGCGUAAUGAAAUAAUUAAUGUCUUACAAUUAUUGGACGUGAAUAUUUGCGAAGUCAGAUGUGCUGAAGAAGCAAACAUACAAUCGAAGUACACAAAAAUAGAAGAGGAUCUCGUCAAAAAGUACGGAGGUUCAGUGUGUGUUGCAGUAUGCGUUAUACAUAGUGCUUCGGUACUCAAUAAUAUUCCGACAAGAACACUUCCGAUCAAUAGCUGGUUCCCUUAUCACCAUACCAACAGUACUGGAUUUUGGGUCGCAUAUUUUCAUCAAAUAAUCGCACUUUCUUUUACCUCUAUGCUUGGAUUCUCGUUUGACUCCGCUAUUUACGGUGUUUUCUUACGAAAUUGUUGUCAAUUGAAAAUUUUGAAAAAUCGCCUAGAGAAUUUCGUAGAAAUUAUUAAUGGAGAGAAACUAAAUAACAAAACUGAUGGAUUGGUUUUCACAAGAAGAGACAGCGAACGUCGUCUUAUUAAGCAAUGCAUUCAUCAUCACUGGAUUAUUUUACAUUUUUCAGAACAGUCCAAUGAUUUAUUUGGCCCGAUAAUAUUCAUUCAAUACUCCUUUAGUUCUCUGAUACUUUGUCUGAGCGUUCAAACAUCAACGAAGCUUGUUUUUAUGAGUCCUGAGUUUAUUUCUAUGAUUCUUUAUCUUGGAUGUAUGUUAUCGGAAAUAUUUUUAUUCUGUUGGUACAGCAAUGAAGUGACACAAGAGAGUUCAGGAAUACCUUUAGCAAUAUACAAUAUGGAUUGGCAAGUUCUGACAACUAGAAGUCAAAAAGAUUUGUUGAUAAUGAAGACCCGGGCUAUUUUACCAAUUAGAUUCACCAGUGGACACUUAAUAGAACUUUCUUUAGAUUCGUUCACUAAACUCGUUAAAUUUUCUUACUCGGCGUACAAUCUUCUUCAUCAAAAAUAGUUUAAAUUAUAAAAAAAUUAUCAGUAUUACAUUAGGUAUUAGUAUUUAGCAACACAUCGAUUAAAAGUUAAUUAAUCAAGAUAUGAACCUAAAGUUUUCAUUACCCUAGCAGACCUGAUUUACCGUAAAUGACUGUGAAUCUUCCGUAGAAUACGGGCAGAUUUACCGUAAUUUACGGCAAGCUACGGUAGAUUUACAGUAAAUGGGUUAAUUUCGGUGGGUUUGCCGUAAAUUACGGCAAAUCUCCCGAAUUUUACGGUAACUUACCGUAUUCUGUGGCAUUUUUACCGCAAAUUUACCGCAAAAUACGGUAAAUCUACCGUAAAAAUUCGGGUGGAUCACUGAAUUACCGUAAUUUACAGUGGAGUACAGUAUUUUACGGUGGAUUACCGUAAUUUGGGUCCGUUAGGGUAACUUAUAAACUACCAUGACAAAAUCUAAUAGAAGUUCUCCAGGAAGAAAAAAUAUGGAAUCUCUCAAACAUGUUUGAUUAUAUGUUUUGCCUAAA